UAAGUGGAUUGUAGCAAGCCUGCUAAUUUAUUAUUUUGAGUUUUAAAUGUUUUUGGACGGUACCACGUUUAUCUAAAGUUUCAGUCAUGAAGUGGCGACGUGACUUGUCACUCAGGCAACUCAAUCUUUAGAUAAAUAUAGGAAAAUGGAAGAUUGUUACGUUUCGUGCAUCAAAAUCAACGGGAGACCCAUCCUUCCACCCAUCCUACAUGAUGAGGAAAGAGAGAUGUUAAGGAGCUACCGGGAUCUGGCCUUGCAAAUUGAAUUCAAAGUUAAAGAUCGAAAGAAGGAAAGGGAAAUACAGACAUUACAAGCCCAAUCUAAAAAAAAUGAGACAGAUCAGCCACAAAGUCAGAUGUCACCUGUGCCCACUGAGAGCACCGAGCUGAACCUCGAUCUGGAUUCAAGCAGCGAAGCCACUUUGUUCAGCAGCACACCUGGUCACCGCCUCAUCCGAAGCGACUCAUACACCUUGGAAAAUCCUAGUCAAGCCCUUCUGGACUCUUUCGUCGAGUCUGAGAUAUCAGAGACUCCCUCGCUUACGGAUAAAAGGCCAAAAUCAGCGCUCCCAAAAUAUUCGUGCGGCAGGAAGAAAACGGCGAAAGUUGCAACUAUCGUCAGCCCAAAAAAGAAAAAGUUGCGACAGAGAAGAGAAGUGUGGAAAGAGACGGAGUCUUACGAUUCAGGGGAAACUGUGAUUGAAGUUGACUACAUGAAUAAUCUUAUCAAAAGUAUGAGAGAGGAGUAUGAGCUGAAGAUGGAGCAACUUCGGCAGCAGCAGGAGGAAGAGAAGAUGCGGAUAAAGGAGGAAUUUUUGAGCCAACAACAUGAACUGCUGAGAAAGCUGAAUAUUAAUUCGCCACCAAAUCGGCCAGCCUCUCCUCCGAUCAAAGUAGAGAGAAGCCCUGCGAAAGCGGUAUCAAAGUCCUUGGCGGAUUUAACAAAUCGGAUGUGCCAGCUGCCCCUCGCAGCCUUAGUGCGGGGCUACUUCGUUCGACGUCUUCACAAGACUGAGCGCGUGGAAAGGAUCAAGGCCCAAAUCAAGGAUACGCUGUUCCUCGCCAUCAACAUACACGAGCAGCCGCAACCCUUGAGUCCGGCCGACGUAAUGCUGCACGGCCGCCUAAUCCAGCAGCUGGACCAAUCCCUCAACGAACUGCACACGCUCUUCUUCGAGAACAGUCUGGCGGACAGACUGAAGGUCAUAGCCACUGACCGGGAGCGCAUGCUGAAAGGAUCCCUCAGUAACAGGUCAUCGAACGGGAAAAUGGUGUCGACAGCGACUGAGCGAAGGAGAAGAGCGAACCAGCAGGGGCAGCAGGAGAAUGUGACGCCCAAGUUUGGAAAGUCUGUGCAUAAUAAGUCUGAUGAGCUCAAGCCCUCAAAGAGGUCUCCUGUUGGAACUGUUGGAAGCAGCAGACACAUACUAGCCGAGAGUGGAGGUCUUGAAGGUGGAAUCGCACGCCAUAAAAAGCAAAAUUACUCUCCUUGGAGAUAAAUCUGCGUCAAGCACAAUUUAAUACGUAUCUGAAACCUUUGCACCGACGACAAUAUUGGCAAACCAAAAGUGCUACUUUUAAUUGGAUAUUUUUCAGACUGCCAGUAAGAAGCUGCGAAAACUAAUUUUAGGACCAAUUAUAUGUCUACUACACAAGCUGACUGAUGAUAAUUGACAGCAGCUCUCUGCUUUUGUAAUGUUGUAUCUGAGACUUCACUGCUUUUGUACAAUUGAAUAGCCCAUUAAAAUUCAAUGUGAAAUGAACAA